AUGGAGUCGUUCAAGUGCGUCAGCAGCUUCGAUCGGUUAUGUCAAAAACUAUGCAAUGUAUCGACGGGAGGGUUGACGUUGCUUAUUUUUAAUCUGAUGGAUGUGGAUUGGAAGAAUUUAUGCCAAGAACGCCUGGGCGCAUAUGGCGAUGCAAACGAAGAUGCCAAGGCAUUCUGGAAGGACUUCGUUAUCUGA